AUGCAAUAUUUUAAUAUUCUAGGUUGGACGGUGAUACAACGAAGACAGGACGGUUCUGUUGAUUUCUUCAGAAAAUGGCAGGAAUAUAAAGAUGGUUUUGGUAAUUUAGAAGGUGAAUUUUGGUUGGGCAACGACAAGAUUCAUGCUUUGACAACACAAGAAGACACAAUGAUAAGAAUGGAUAUGGAAGACUGGACUGGUAAACAUCUCUUUGCCGAAUAUGAUAGUUUUGGUGUUGAUGGUGAAAAGAACAACUACCGCCUUCAUGUCAGUGGUUACCAUGGAAACGCAGGCGAUUCUAUGACGUCAUAUUGGGAAAAUCAUGAUGGCAUGUUCUUCAGUACGCAUGACAAAGAUAAUGAUGGUCGCUACUAUGACAACUGUGCAAAGGCAUACCAUGGUGCUUGGUGGUUUAACAAUUGCUUCGACUCACAUCUCAACGGCAAAUAUUACCAUAAGGGUUUCCAUAGCAACUACUUCCAACGAGACGGCAUCCAAUGGAACAGCAUCCAUAUGUAUUCAUCGCUUAAGUAUGUUGAAAUGAUGGUAAAACCGUCCGACAGGCCCAAACCUACAGCUAAAAUUAGCAACGAUAUUUGA